AUAUAUAUAUAUAUAUAUAUAUAUAUAUGUGUGUGUGUGUAUGUGUGUUCGGUUAGAAUGUGGUGUUUUUUUUUUAAUUUUUUUUAUUGCAUUUGAAUAUUUCCUCGCUUUUCCAGAAAUGAAAGUAACUUUUGUGAACUGAAGAAUGUUUAAAAAAAAAAAAAAAAAAAAACCACCGCAUUCUAACCCAACACACACACACACACAAAGGGUUGAUGUUUAAUAUAAAAUUGUUCUGACAUGUCCCACGAAUUCAACCAAGCAGGAGUUUGCACAUACUCCCAUCCCCUCUUUCACAGCAGCAAGGCGCUUUUACUGAAAUGUGCAAGUGAUUGACUUCGACUCAAGUCUGAAGAAAACAUGGCUGAAACAGGAGAUGCUCAUUGUGUGGCAGUGGCUGAGGACACUUUGGAUGCCUUCAACCUGUUUUCAAAGAGGAAGAAUCCAUCAAAUGCAGAGAGUAAGCGAGCUGAGGAAACCGACUCGCUACCCUUCAGCAAGGCGUCAGCCUGCAACCCGUAUCACUACAAGAUGGACUACCCGCACAUGGGACUCUGCCUGAUUAUCAACAAUAAGAACUUCGACAGCAGCACAAGGAUGAGCACUCGUAACGGGACGGACGUCGACGCUGCUUUUGCCAUGAAGACUUUUUCUGGGCUUGGUUACACUCUGAAAAUGGCCACUGAUCAGACUGUAAAGCAGAUGAAGAGUCUCAUGCUAAGUGUAUCCCAAGAGGACCACAGCAAGAGUGCAUCGUUUGUGUGCGUGUUGCUGAGUCACGGCGAAGAGGGUGUGAUUUAUGGGACCGAUGGAUUUGAAAUGCUUGAAAACCUGACAAAACCUUUUAAAGGGCAUCGCUGCAGGUCUCUGGUGGGAAAGCCAAAGCUGUUCUUUAUACAGGCAUGCCGUGGCUCAGAACUGGAUGAGGGGACCAGCAUCCAAACCGACAGCGUGGUGGAGCAAACGUCAGAGAGAAUUCCUGUGGAGGCCGACUUCUUGUAUGCCUAUUCCACAGCUCCAGGCUAUUACUCAUGGAGGAACACCCAAAAUGGUUCUUGGUUCAUGCAGGCACUGUGUGAGCUGUUGCAUCGUUUCAAAGGAGAAUUGGAACUGAUGCAGAUCAUGACUCGGGUCAACCACAAGGUGGCGAUGCACUUCGAAUCCAGCUCCAACCUUCCCGGUUUCACCGGCAAGAAGCAGAUUCCCUGCAUUGUCUCGAUGUUAACCAAAGACCUUUACUUCCCUAAAUGAACUGAUACUGAUAUAGUGUGAACAUUACAGAGCAGUGGCAAAAAAAAUAAAAAAUUAGGCCAUGAACUCGAGCACUAUCAAAAUGCUUCUGCAUUUUCAUUUUAACCUAGUUUGUCUUUUUACAACAAUUUGUGCUUUCAAGGAAAAUUAGUGGUGUAUUCUGUUCCCCCCCCCCCGUCACUGUCCAGUUUGAACAUUUCACAACACAAUUUAAAGAACUUGCAUUAGGAUCCCAAUAGAGUGAGUCAAGGGUUUUUAUUUUAAGUGUGGGGGGGGGGCACAAGUGGUGGUGGAUAUAAGGUCUUUAAAACAAAUCUUGUGCAAUUCCUUUAUGUAGCUAUGACGACGACAUGCCGUUUUCACACACAAAAGUGUCUGGCAACACAUUCUCUCAGUUUCCAAACCUGUGCUGUCCAAUAAAAUGUUUGAAAUGUAUUUUCUGUGCUCCAGACAAAUCGUGCAUUAAUAACUGAAAAAAACAAAAAUAAAGACGUGCGAAAGACGACUUGAUUACUUU